UUAGAUGGAUUUCGUUCUCGAAUGACUAUUUGUUUAACAUAGACCGCGAAAUGAUCAUUGAACUAUACGUGAUUCAGUGGAUUUAAAUUCCAACACUGUGUUGAUGAAACAACUUUCUGAAACAUGUGCUAAAAAGGAAGGAUUGUUUUCGCUUUGUUGGGGGAAUGUGACGAAAUGUGGAACCCUUUUGUGGAAAAUAAUGGAGUGAUUUGAUCAACACCGUGUUACAGCUGCUCAUUCCAAAGUCAAGUCGUCUCUAGCACGAUUAACAUCGAAGUUGAACCAUGGCAAAAGAUCAGGAAUUACUUCAGGCGGCAAAAGCCAACGAUCUUAAUGCAUUCAGGAAGAUAGUGGCGAAAAUAAAAGCGGCCAAAUCAAAAAAAGGUGGCAAGAAAUACAGUGUAAAUAUUCAGGAUGAAGAAGGCUUCACACCCACCCAUCAUGCAAGUCUUAGAGGCAGCAGUGAAAUUGUCAUUGCACUCAUUGAGUUGGAGUGUGAUGUCAAUGCUAAAGAUAAGAAAGGAAUGACUCCAUUGCACUUAGCAGCCUGGUCAGGAAAAGUUGAAGUAACAAGGUUGUUGUUAGAGGCUGGAGCAGAAGUUAACUCUUGUUCACAAAAUGGAGACACACCUCUUAUUUUAGCUUGUCAGCAUGGAAAUUCUGAUGUGGCUGAUGUGCUUCUAGACAGGAAGUGUAGUACAUUGGCGGUUAACAAUAACGGAGAGGCUGCUUUGGACCUUGCCUGCAGAUUUGGACAUGUACACGUUGUUGAAUUGUUACUUAACUGCAGAGAGGUAAGGAGUGCAUUGGCCACUGGUGCAGUGCAGAGAACAGAUCCACCAUUACAUGCAGCAUCAAAGACAGGUCAUGUAGAAAUAAUUAGAAUGUUAUUAGAAGCUGAUGCAAAUAUCAAUCAAGUUACAAGUAAUGGUUCAUGCCUACAUGAAGCAGCUCUCUAUGGUAAAACAGAUGUGGUCAAACUGCUGCUUGAUUGGGGUAUCAAAGCAGAUAUACGAAAUGGCGAGGGUCACACGGCACUUGAUGUGGUUAAUCUUUUCACGAGUUCAAAAGCGUCAGCAGUAAUUAAACAACUAUUGAAAGAUGCAGCCUCUGCAGAUGGCACUGUGUACGCUAAAGCGGUCAGGGAUCAUUUUAACAUGAUGGAUUCUACAGCUCUUCCAUUCAAGACUGGCGAAACAGUCAUCGUGCUGGAACAAAACCAGAAUGACCGAUGGAAAGGGAAAAUAAAGAAUGGAGACAGGGAAAAUGUUGGAUACUUCCCGGCUAACUUUGUAAGAAUUACCGCCUUAAGAAGAGGGUCUGGUGCCAAGAAGUCACCAAAUCCUAAAGAAGCUGGUGUAAUACCGAUGGGAUCGUACGAGACGAUCGCGCUACCGUCAGUGCCAUCCUCUCCUGGUUUUCAAAGGAACUCUCCUCGACUUAGAAGUUUUGGUAAAAAAGAUCAUCGCUUUCGAGGUGAUCAAGACAUGGAACCCAACAAGGUGCUCGUCGAACCAAAUUUACCUGGUAAAGGAGUCAAAGCUAACAAAGGAUCUGUUAAAAUGGCAGCCGGUCUAGGCCUGCAGUAUGUGGAGGUUGCGGUUGAUAAACCUCCUCUGUCUCCUCCUCAGGCCUCUACAGCGGGUAACAAAUUGAGCAACAAAACGAAUUACGCAGAGGUUCGUCUACCAACAUCGAAUGGAUCCGUGGAAGAGGUGGAUGAAAGCGAUGAGCCUCCACAGCUACCAGAUAAAGGAAAUAAAGAAACAACUGCCUCAAACGAGAUGGAAGAUAUCUGGGUUCGAAAUACGUCCACUCCCCCGCCUUCUUUGCCACCUAAAGCAAGGGCACUAUCAAAAAGUGAUCCUUCCACUACUGCAUGCGAUUCGAUCGAGCUUGGAGCUAAAUCAGCAAGUCCUCCUGCAUCUCUACCACAUUUCGCGGAACAGUCACGUCCAGAGGGUCCGCCUCAUGCGAACGUUACGGGUCUUAAUGCCACUGAGCGACCCGCGCGGCGGGUCGCAACUCCCGAAUUGUCGCGGAAAGGAUAUGAGGACAUGAGUUUAACUCCAGUAUCUGGGGGUCGAGCGACGCCUCCUUGUGAAGACAUAUGGAAACUUCAAGCCCAUAAUAUUAAAGAACAUCCUCCGAAGCAAGGGCUUGCUUACGAGAACGUGCAACUAACACACCGAGCAAAGCUGGCCAGUGAUAUGCAAAGCAUGUUGAUCUGUGAUGUCGACCAACCGGGGAAGAGUGUGGGAGCAGACGGUUAUGUAUUUGUUAAUGGACCUUCUUCAACAACGACAACAGAUUCCAAAGGCUACGAAAAUGUUACGCCAAGUGCACCAAAACCAGUUGAACCCGGGUACGUGAACAUUCCAAAUGAAGUCACUUACCUAGCUAUGACGGGUGGUGUGUCUGCUGACUCGACAACAACGAGAACAAGUAAACAGGCACCAGACGAGGACAAUGAAGACACAGACAAUGACGAAAGUAAAGAUGGAAUGGAUUACGAGCUGAUGAACAGCUGUCCUCAUUCGAUUAGCCAUCAGUACGUCAAUAUCAGCCGACAGGGAGACGUGGGCAGUCCCGCGGAAGCCACGGGUCAUCUCCAACUCAAGAUGCGAGACUAUAACGCGUUAUUUGACUGGUUGGAGAAGUUCAAGUUAGCGAUCUACAUCGAUAAUUUUGUAAAAGGAGGAUUCGACAUGACGAGUGUUCCUGGCAUCACAGCGGAGGAUUUGACGGCUAUAAAUGUGAAUAAAACAGGACACAGGAAGAAAGUUCUGUCUGAGUCAGCGAAACUUGAGGAGACAACGGUGUUCCCGAAGAAAAAACCGGAAGAUAUUAUGACGUGGCUGCGUCUGAUUGGUCUAGAGCAGUACAUACCUGAGUUCAUGGACGGCGGUUUCGACGACAUGGAUUUUCUUCAGGACAUGACAUUAGAGGACCUAGUGGCCAUUGGCGUAAAGAAACCAGGCCAUCAGAGAAAGAUAUGGAUGGCGGUUAACGCUCUCAAACAAGGAGAUGAGAAUGAAAACAUGCUGGAAAGCGUAGAGGAGGAAUUAACACCGCUGGAGAGGAAAGAUUAUUUAGAGACCUGCCUAGAUGGAGAAGACUCGGGCGUGUCUACAGAUGAAGUGGAGGCAUCCGAAAUUAGUACGGAGGAAAACCGAAGGAAUUCUUUUCCUACCCCUGCUACACCGAUAGAGAACACCACUGAGGAACCAAUUGUGGAGGAUUCUUCGUCUGCAGAGUCUGAAAUUCCUGAAACAUCAGCGGUUCAGCCUGUUGUAAAGGAGGAAAAAACAAUUGUUGAUGCUGAGCAAGAUCAACAAAGAAUUCCUGUUCCGGAAGAACCUUGUCUUGACGUUCAGGAAACGACAGUCGAUGAUUUGAAUUUCACCGCCGAUUUGUCACUAUCGAAAGAAAAGGACGGCAAUGAAAACGAACUGGACUCUUUGAGUUUACACGUACAAAAUGUUAUUUCAUUUCCUGACAGUGACGAUGACGAGCCACCUCCCCGCCCUCCCCCUCCAAUGGAGGACAUUGACUUGUCUCUACCUACCGCUGACCUGUGUCAACUUGAAUUUGAGUUAAAUGGCCCUGGUAGGUCCGUCAAGGACUUGGUGUCCAAAGGGAACGGUAGAGGGCGAACCUUGUCGUUGGACCCCACUUUUCAGAGACCCAAAAAACCUGCCCCACCUCCUGUCAAACCUAAGAGCGCAAAGAAGCCGCCGCCGCCGAAAGUGCCGCCCAAACCUCGAAAGACUGCAUCGUUCACGGCAGGGUAUGCGGACAGGAGCUCGGAAGAGAGAAGCGUUGGAGACAGAUCACCAACAAAACCCACAUCCCCUGAGUACCGACGCAGCAGCACUGGUUCAAGUCCCUUCAACUUGCCGUCGCCUCCCUGUAAUCGAGAAUCCGGAAGCGGAAAUGGAAGUGUACGAUCGCGAAGCAGUAGCAAUAGCAGCCAUAGCUCGGUAGACUCUCUGAUUGAAGAGACUGAAGAAAGGAAAAACACUUUCGAAAAACCAGGCAGGAAAAUCAGCGCUCCUGAGAGAUUCAACACAUCACGUGAGUACACAGAUGGAGCUCGAAAGAGUCCAGCGGAUGCAGCGAGAGCAGAUAGUAACUUAGAUGAGCAGAUCAAAGAAAUCCUAAGAAAUCGUUCUGGGGAAGAUCUCUCUACACCACCCCCCUCAGAAUCAGUUGAAUCAUCUUCAACUGUGCCACGCGUUGACACAAAAACGGAGUCUUUGAACAUAGAAACGAAGGAGUACGAAUUGGCAGAAGAUCUUAUGAAGGACAUCAACAGUAUGCUGAGUGACUUCUCUUCUGAGCUAGAUUCCAUGUUCGAUUGAGCAUCAACUUGUAUUUUAUCGACAACAUGAUAUAAAGGGUUGUAAAGAUCACUUAGAUAUAAUGACUGAGAAGCUGUUUAACAGAUCUGAUGGUGACGACGCUAAAAAAUUGGUAGAAUGUGCCACAAUGGAAAUUACUGUGCAAUGAGGAUAUAACACUCCUGGUGUUGAGUUAAUUCAGCUAAUUACAUUAUUUUUAGCAUUUUGGCAGCUUCUUCAAUGCGAAAUUGAAAUUGAUAGUACUAUCGUUUAGUUUUGUCUGUUUUCCUUUAUUUCGGAGAAAGGGAUUUCUAUAUUGAUUAAUACUGUUCUCGAGAGCUGCAACUACUUGUUGAUGCAUAUUUAUUUUGAUAGUCUUUAAUUUGGAAUCGCUUUUUUCUAGGUGUGGUAUGGGUCUCGCAUCUCAAUUCCCAUCUUUGGCGAAAAUUUUAAGAUCAUCCAAAUAUUAUAUACCCAGAAAAUAGGGUUACUAAUCAUGAAAUUCACGUGUUGUUGAUAAUUAGCAAUGUUUUUAAGUAUUUCCAAGGGAAUGCCCAAUGAAGUAUUUUUCUCUCGUUGCCAAUGAUUUUUUUCCUAUCUUCCAAAACGAGGUAUUUAUAUUAUAGGAAUGCUAUCUUUUCAAAUUUUGAGUUGUAAUGUUUUGUUCAAAAAAAUCCCACCCAGGUGUAAGUUGAACCCGUAGAAUCUUUAAGCAAAAGGUGAAGCCUUUGACCGGUCUUUGAAAAGAAUUUUUCUUCCAAAAUUUCAAUUAAAAGGAUAUAUAUGUUCUAGAAAUAGCAUUGCUUUAAUGCUGAGCUGUAGCUUUAGUUGCGAGGUGAUUUUAUUUCCAUCUCCUCUUAGGAAACUUGUCGAAGCAGGCGAAUUUCUUUGUUAUCGUUAGUAAUAGCAUUGAUGGCAUUCAAGUGUCUGUAUACUAGCACCGAUAGUCGAUUUUAUUAUGGAUUCUAUAAUAGACGAGAAUUUAGUACACAUUAUAUUGGAAAUAAAUUGGAUUAGAAAUA